GAGCGAGCUCUAGCCUGGAGGACGGGGGGGGCGCCCUCCCAACUCCGCAGCCCUCCGCCCGAGCCCCGGCGGCCAGGCCUCGCCUGCCCGCAGGCCGGGGAGCCGCCCGCCGCCGCCCAGGGCUCGUCCCCGGGGCCGGCGGAGCGUGAAGGUGCGGACUCGAGGCGGGGCGCGCCCAGGGGCCCGGUCGGCGCGGCCGGGGAAUGGUGGGCCCCUGUGCUGCUCCUGAGGAAAGGGGACCUCCCCAGAGCAGCCGUGUCCCCGGGCUGCCCCAUUGAGGCGCUCGGACAUCAGCCCUAGGGACGUGGGGCAGCUGUCAGGUUGCCCGUCUCUGUCAAGUGCCCUUAGGAUGCGGCGAUGAGGCCUUAGGCUCUCCCUCCCGGAGGCGCACUGCACGGCCUGCGCUUGGGCGCUGGGUGCGGAGGAAACGGGCAGCAUGAUGCUGUCCGAGCAAGCCCAAAAGUGGUUUCCGACCCACGUGCAGGUCACAGUGCUUCAAGCCAAAGAUCUGAAGCCAAAAGGCAAAAGUGGCACCAAUGACACAUACACUAUAAUUCAGCUGGGCAAGGAAAAGUACUCCACCUCGGUAGCCGAGAAAACCCUUGAGCCAGUCUGGAAGGAAGAGGCCUCCUUCGAGCUCCCUGGGCUGCUCAUGCAGGGGAAUCCAGAGAAAUACAUCCUUUUCCUCAUAGUGAUGCACAGGUCCCUGGUGGGUCUGGAUAAGUUCUUAGGGCAGGUGGCAAUCAAUCUCAAUGACAUCUUUGAGGACAAACAAAGAAGGAAAACAGAGUGGUUUAGAUUAGAAUCUAAACAAGGAAAAAGAGCCAAAAACAGGGGUGAGAUAAAGGUCAAUAUUCAAUUCAUGAGGAACAAUAUGACAGCAAGUAUGUUUGACUUAUCCAUGAAGGACAAAACAAGAUCUCCUUUUGCAAAAUUAAAAGAUAAGAUGAAAGGUAGAAAAAAUGAUGGGACAUUUUCUGAUACAUCUUCUGCAAUCAUUCCAAGUUCUCACUUGCCUGAUGCCAAUUCUGAAUUUUCAAGUGGUGAAAUGCAGAUGAAAUCUAAACCAAAAAAGCCUUUCCUUUUGGGUCCUCAGCGACUCUCUUCAGCACAUUCAAUGUCUGAUUUAACUGGGGCCCACAUAUCUUCUGAGAAACUGAAGUCUGGCACCAUUGGUCAAACGCAUCUUCACGGGCGCCAGAUAGAUUCCUUUGGAGCAGUUCCGGAAAGCGCAAGUCUCAAAUCGCCACACAGAAGAACAUUAAGCUUUGAUACUUCGAAAAUGAACCAACCUGACAGCAGCGUGGAUGAAGGUGAAUCAUCUCUCGGAAGACAAAAUGACCCAUUUACCAAUGUGACUGCAUCAUUACCCCAAAAAUUUGCGACACUGCCAAGGAAGAAAAAUCCAUUUGAAGAAAGCAGUGAAUCAUGGGACAGCAGCGUGAAUUUAUUUUCAAAAUCAGUUGAAGCAAGAAAAGAAAAUAAAAGAGAGAAAAGGGAGAAAGUUAGCCUGUUUGAAAGAGUGACUGGGAAAAAAGAUAGCAGAAGAUCUGAUAAACUUAACAAUGGGGCAUCAUCCGAUAGCCCUUGUGACUUGAAAUCACCUAAUGCGUUUAGUGAAAAUCGUCAGGACUAUUUUGAUUAUGAGUCAACUAAUCCGUUUACAACAAAAUUCAGGGCUGCAAAUAUAAUGCCACCUUCAAGUUUUCAUAUGAAUCCGACAAGCAAUGAAGACAUCAGGAAAAUCCCGGACAGCAACCCUUUCGAUGCCACUGCAGGGUUCCGGAGCCUGACCUACGAGGAGGUGUUGCAGGAGCUGGUGAGACACAGAGAGCUCCUUAGGAGAAAGGACACCCACAUCCGGGAGCUGGAGGACUACAUCGACAACCUCCUGGUGAGGGUGAUGGAAGAGACGCCCAGUAUUCUCAGAGUGCCGUACGAACCAUCCCGGAAAGCUGGCAAGUUCUCCAAUAGUUAAUAAGCCAAUUGUACUGCAUUUAUAAUUGGGGGGAGAACAGAAAGGAAGAAAGAAGAAAAAUUGUUACUGAAAGAAACUACACUUACAGGUUUCAUUCCAUACUCUCUUCCAUUGUCAAAAAUUGUCGUACCUGUAAAUAUUAGUAGGGACUAUCAAGAGUGACCUUUGAAGUGAGCUAAAUAACUGAACUUUUAAAGUGGACUCGGACCAGAUUCUCGAUAAAUAAGCAGUUCCUUAGGAUUCACUUAGGUGCUGGAGCUGGUCCACUCACCUGCCAUAGGCCUAGAAAUAUCUUCAGAAGCAUAUGACUUAUUCCUCAGGAACAGAUUUCUCAUAAAGCAGAAUUGAUACUGUGGUUGGAUUCUCAGCAUUCAAUUUGUAGACAUGUUUAGCUGCAGUAAUACUGCUCAUUAUAAACACUACUUAAAAAACAGUUCAUAUUUUAUAUUACAUAUUUAUACAUGAAUAUAUGUUCAUGUAUCUUUGUACAUAAAGUACAUGCGUAUACCUCAUAUAGACAUGUGUUUCCAGAACAUUUAAAAAUAACUGGUUGCCUCUAAAAUUAGGUACCAAUUUCUUAAUUUGAAAAUAUAUGUGUGCUCUGUUGAUGAAAAACAAAUCAUCAUUGCUACUACAGUGUUACGAUUUGUCACAGAAAAGCUGCUUCAAAUCACUCUUGACGAUGUGAACCUUGGUUUCAAAAUGUGCUGCUGCUACGUGUUAUUCAGGAUCGUAUUGUCGCUCUUUUCCCAAAAGUAAUGCUCCAAAGCCCUUUUUUCAAGAAUGACAUAUUUUAGGAAACUUCAUUAACUCCACAACAGCACGGGUUUCUUGAGUUCAUUUUUUAUCUGAACCUUUGAGUUUUGUUAAAGCUAU